CCGAGCCGGAUCCUGCAAACGGGCAAGCCGCUGACGAAGAGUCUGUGGAAGGCAACGCGGAGAACGGGGCCGCGACAACGGCGGAGCAAACGGUGCCGCCUGUUGUAAACGGGGAGUCGUAUGCAAACGGAACGGAACAGCUGUUGCCGUCGAAGCCGGGGAGCGAAGCGGAAUCAUCGCAAGUCGAGCAGAGUCAAGAUGGUGGGCAAGGCUCGGCCAACGAGCAGGCGACAGGUGGCGAGCCGGCGGCGAGGGACGCGGAGAACGAGCAGCCCGCGCCUAGUUCUUCCCUGCCGGAAGGAUCCCUUAGCCGGCACAGCAGCUUCGGCGCGCUCUCGCGGACGCCGUCCGAAACGGACGUCACCGAAACUGCCGCGUCCGAACCCGGGGGGUCGGUUUCCGAGGCCGCUCGACCCCCCCAGUCCGAGUCCACGUCAGGCGGGGGGCGGUUCCCGAGGCGCCGCGACCCCCGCCAGCGGCAAAACGGCGGCCGCGGCCUCGGACAAAGCCGAUCGUGGUGCGGGGGCAGGAGUUUGCGGCGGUGCAAAGCUCCCUGAUGCUAAUGAAGAUUCUGACGGAGUAUCUGGACGUCGCGGAGCAGCUGCCGGCGAUGGCGACGGAGGUGGUGCAUCGGGUCGCGGAGAUCCUGAAGCUGUUCAACAGCCGGAGCUGCCAGCUGGUGCUCGGGGCCGGGGCCAUGCAGGUCUCCGGCCUCAAGUCGAUCACUGCGAAACAUCUCGCGACGGCCAGCCAAGGUAUCAGCCUGUACAUAGCCCUCAUUCCUGAUAUCCGGCGGCUGCUGUCCGCCCACAUCCCGGACGCCCGUAAGGCGCUGCUGCUGUCCGAAGUGGACCGCGUCGUGAACGACUACCGCGUGCACCGCGACGAGAUCCACUCGAAGCUGGUGGCCAUCAUGCGCGAGCGGCUACAGGUGCAUCUAAAAGUUCUUCCACAGUUGGCGGAGCACUGGAGCAAACCGGACGACAGGGACGCCGAGCCCAGCAAGUUUGCCACGGACCUUGCGCGGGAAGUCGGUAUUCUUUACAAGGUUCUUCUACCCUUCCUUACCGAUGCUGAGCUGCGGUCCAUCUUUACGCGUGUUGUUAUCCUUUUCCACACGCAGCUGACGGAAGCAUUCUCGAAGGUCGACGCAAGCACUCCGCCUGCUAAGCGAAGGUUGUACAGGGACGUCAAGCAUCUGUUGGAGGGUAUCUCUAUCCUGCCGAUUAUGCCAAGCAUGGUCGGGAAGCCGAAAGACUUGGAUACAUUUAUGCUUCACCGCUUUGGAAACCAGCCCCCGCCCUAGCAAAGUUGCUAGUUUCUAAAGGCGGCUUCCUCAGCUUCUAUGCCGCCAACCCGACAUUAUCAAAGGGUUUGUCGUGUCUCCUUUUAGUCGAAGCGCGCAGCUUACCUCCAGAAAUCUUUUACGGAAUAAAAGCGUUUGGGAUGGGAAG